UCCAAACAUACCCUUUCAAAGUGAAAGAGAGGAAAGGAAAAGGAAGGAGAAAAGAAAAAGCAAGAGAAUUGUUCAUCGUCAAUAUUCAUAAUAUUAUCCCAAGAGCCAUGAUCGUGACCUUUUAAAAACGCAAAUAAAUCCAAAAGAACCGAUGUAGGGUCAAUUUGGCAACGGCUGUUGAGCAGACGAUUCGGUGAGCCAAUAAGAUUAAGCCACGCUGCUAGGAACACAAGGCUUAAUUAUGUGGGGUCUACCAUAAGUACGUAAGCUGUGUUUUGUUUUACCAUAGCAGAGCUCCAUUAUCAGAGGUAAAGAAGCAGAGGAGACGAGUAGAAGAAGAAGAAGCAGGGGAGGCAGGGGGUAAAAGUAAAAGGGUGAAAAAUGGGUCUGCUUACAAACAGAGUAGAGAGGAAUGAGAUCAAACCUGGAGAUCAUGUUUACACUUACAGAGCUGUUUUCACCUACUCUCACCAUGGUAUCUUUGUUGGUGGAAGCAAGGUGGUUCAUUUUAGACCUGAACGUAACUUGGAUUCCAGGGUUGAGACAUCUUCUGAUCUAUAUGAUCCUGGAUCAACUUGUCCAACUUUUCCUGAUUGCGGCUUCCGUCAGCCAAACAGUGGGGUAGUACUCUCAUGCCUGGAUUGCUUCCUUCGAAAUGGAUCUCUCUACUGCUUUGAAUAUGGGGUGACCCCAUCUGUUUUCCUUGCCAAAGUGCGUGGAGGCACAUGCACCACAGCAGUGUCUGACCCUCCUGAAACAGUUAUCCACCGGGCAAUGUAUCUUCUUCAAAAUGGAUUUGGAAAUUAUGACAUAUUCCAGAAUAACUGUGAGGACUUUGCACUGUAUUGUAAAACUGGUCUUCUGAUAAUGGACAAGCUAGGGGUUGGAAGAAGCGGUCAAGCUUCUUCUGUGAUUGGUGCCCCUUUGGCGGCCCUUCUCUCUUCUCCACUGAAGCUGUUGAUGCCAAGUCCUGUAGGUGUGGCAACAGUUACAGCUGGGAUGUACUGUAUGAGCAGGUACGCAACUGAUAUAGGUGUUCGAAGUGAUGUGAUCAAGGUGGCCGUUGAGGACUUGUCUGUGAACCUAGGCUGGGGGGAGCAUCAUGAUGAAGCGACUGAGGAAACUGAUGCUUCUAACAGACAACUUGUGACAUUGUGACGUGAUGAAUUUCUUGUGCAUGGGAAGUUGGGUACAUACUUCAUUUGCCAGCACAAUAAAGCAUUUGCUGAUAUCUCCAUUGAACUCGUAAUGUGGUCUCUCUGCUCAUAACUUAUUUAUCUUCUGUUAGACUGCUUGCUAGCUGUUUAACUUGUGUAUUCAGAAAGAACUUUAAAAGGAUUAAAUGAAGUCAGCGGCAGCGGUUGUUUGUUAUCAUGUACUAUAACAAAUUCACAAUCGUUGAGGUCUGUUUGUUAUUUC